AUGAGGCUAUGGCGAAGGGCGUCCGGAGUGAUGAAGGAUCAAAAUAGCCUCUGGAUUUCCAGCUUAUCCAGAAGAUCCUCACUCCGGAACCCGGACAUCGAAUCCGCCGUCAUUAAAGCCACCAGCCACGACGAAUUCUCGGUGGAUUACAAGAACGCCGAACGGGUUUACCGAUGGAUCCGGUUGUCCGACUCUCACAUCAAGCCUUUGGUCUGGUGCCUUUCCUUGCGCAUGGAGAAAACCCGGUCUUGGGUCGUCGCCUUAAAAGGGUUGAUGCUCAUGCACGGCGUUUUCACCUGCCGGGUCCCUGUUGUUCAACGAAUCGGCCGGUUACCCUUCGAUUUGUCCAAUUUCUCCGACGGGUAUGGUAAACCCGGCGAGAUUUGGGCCUAUAAUGCCUUCAUCCGGUCUUACUACGCGUUUUUGGAUCAGAAAUCCACCUUGCUUUUCGUCAAUAUGCAAGAGAAAAAGGGGUUAAAUGUUCUGAUUCAUCAGGAAUUGCAAAGGUGUUCUUUGAUGCAGGAUCUUUUGCUCCUGCAGAAAUUACAGGGGUUGAUUGACAUGUUGAUUCAGAUUAAGCCUCUUUCCCAGGCUGCCAGCGUUUUCCUAAUCGUGGAAGCCAUGGAAUGCAUUUUGAUCGAGAUUUUUGAUAUUUAUAGCCGGGUUUGUUACAUGAUUGCCAGGGUGUUGAAGCGGAUCGAUUCGGCCACGAAAAUCGAAGCCGCGAUGGCGGUUAGGACUCUGAAGAAGGCCAUUGUUCAGGGUGAUGAACUUUCUUCCUACUUUGAAUUGUGUCGAGAGAUUGGAGUUACGAAUGCUGAUGGAUGUCCUCAUAUUGUGGAAGUCCCUGAAGAAGAUAUUCAUGAGCUUGAGAUUAUGAUCAAUGAAAUUUCUGAGAGAUCAGAACUGGAUUGUGAUUCGUCUAAACAACAAAAGGAGGAAGCUCAACGAGCUAUUGCUAUUCUAAACGAACAGAAUGAUCAAAUGGAUCAUCGAUUGAAGACAGUGAUUACUGAUAACUGGGAGAAAUUUGAUGAAGAUUCAUCAUCCAUGGUUAAUGUUCCUGCAGAAACUUUCCAGAGUUCAUCAUCCAAGAACAACAACCCUUUUUUGUGCUCUCCACCACCAUCCCAUCAGCAGCAACAUCGUGGUUCAUCAUGUCCAGAUUUUCCUGAUUUAAUUAGUUUAUAG